UUUACUUGGUGGAUUACGUAGCCUCCGGUAACGGCCAUCUGAUUUUUAAAACUAAGAUAAUAAUAAUAAUAAUAAUAAUAAUAAUAACAACAAUAACAAUACCAAUAACAUAUUGGUUUUGAUUUUAAAAAAAUAAAAAAAUUUCUUAUUGAGAUUUUUUUUCAGUAUUUCAAACCAGUUCUGUCACUAUAGCAACACCCGCGUAAACCUGAUGAACGUUAAUGAAGAAGACACGACAAGGAGAAGUAAGACAUGUAUGCGCUUGUGAAAUGGUGUGCCGGGGUUGAUGAGGGGAAAUUUAGUAUUGUUCACAUUAAAUACAUACGAAAUUUUGAUCUGGAAAGUGAUUACAUACGAAGACGAAUUUGCCGUCGAGUGCGGUGUGGGAUAACGACCAAAAGGUGGAUUCCCCAUUUAACGUUAUAUGGCUACCGUUCAAUCAGUUGGAGACAUGAAUACUUUGGAGCGAAAGUUGGACAAACGUUCAAAGAAAGAUUCCGAAGACAACGCCAUUGUGGGAAAGAGAAUCCGUGUUGCCAAACAUCUGUGGGAGGAUGAGGAUGAGGAUGACCCCCCUACUGCCGUGGCCACAGUCAGUGGAACCAAAGCUGCCAUUCACAAUCAAGGGGCUGAAAUCCUAGAUUCCAUUUCCUUGGAAGAACAAGCAGAAAAUAGUGACAACGAGCUCUCACUUGUGCGUCAAGAAUUGCUAGAAAUAAAAAAAUUCAUCUUUACAGAGAUACCUCAGAUAAAAGAAAUGCUCAACAGAAGCUCCAUGCACCUCGGCAGUCCAGGGUCUCUCCCCAGCCCUUCAAACCCUGUUCAAAUAGAAGAAAUUGUCCCAGGUUCAGGUGUUUACGUAUCACGAAGUGUGUGGCGCUCUGCUUGCCAGGCAUCUAGUGGGACUUCAAUGGCAAGGAUUUUGCUGCUUGGGGUGUUUGACAUUGAAACACUCAUCAAAAGUAAUUUGAGAGGAGGGGAAUCCAAGGUUUCAAAGGGGGGAGAUGGGGAGAACAGAAGCACCCUGGAUGAAAUAAAAGUGAAAGCUAUAAUGGCGCGGCAACUGAAAAAGGCUAAAAAGAUCAAAGCGACCUGGUCUCGAAAUGGUAAAGUUUAUAUCCGAACGAUUGGAGCAACACCAGAAGAGGAAAGAGCAGUGAUGGUGAAGGAAAUGGACGAAUUGAACCUCUACAAAUGA